AUGCGGCAUAUCUCCUCGCCGCUUUUCUCGUUAUUCAUGUUAUCUUCGGUUACUAGGUCAAACAACGGUGCUGGUUUCCGGAACCGCCGAUCCGCCGUGCACCAGUCCCUACGCAGGGCGCUUGACAUCAUCCACCAUGGCGUCUAUUCCCUUCAGGGACGGAGCACUGCCAAGAAGAUGCGGAAACAGUCUACAUUGUCCAGUCCAGUCUCCAUCUACAUCUACACGCUCAAGUACUUCUUCGGUGUGCCCGACAAAGUACUCGCCAUCUACCGGGCUGAUAACCCGGGACCGUUUUCCAAACCGUAUCCCGGGAACAUUAUCCCUUCUGUGAGCCGGAUCGACUACAUUGCCCACCACGGGUUUCUCCAAGCCUUCUCAGGACCGAACUUGCGGCCAGCCUCGCUUCGCUUUAUCCAAGGCUUCGUUGCGGGAGCGGGCGACUGA